CGCUCCUAUGGCGUGAUGGAUGACGGCGCAUUGUUCCUUACCCUCUGCGUUUCCUGUGGGAUGCCCCAUAGUUGCCUCGGAGAUGCCGCGGCGGCAGCGGCUCCGCAGUGUGCGUACAGCAGUGCCAAGAGCCUGGCGUCGCGUUUCGGAGUGCCUCGUCGAAGCGGCGUUGAAGCUUCGCCGAGCCGGCCUCGCAUAUUUUAUUUAUGCGACGUCUCCCUUCCCUUCAGCCCCUUACUCUCCGCGUCCCACCUGCCGCCGACGGAGGAGUUGGAGUUCCACGGCGUGAUGCGGUUCUACUUCCAGGACUCUGGCCAGAAGGUGGCCACCAAGUGCAUCCGCGUGUCCAGCAACGCCAACUGCCGCUACGUGAUCGAGACGCUGGUCGAGAAGUUCCGGCCGGACAUGAGGAUGCUCUCCAUCCCCGAGUACGCGCUCUACGAGAUCCACGAGAAUGGAGAGGAGCGACGACUCGCCGACGACGAGAAGCCUCUGCUGGUGCAGCUCAACUGGAACAAGGACGACCGCGAGGGGCGCUUCCUGCUGCGGAGGAUGGACCUCAAGUCCGCCAUGGGGGGAGAGCUGAUUUUCCAGGCAGGUCAUACCAUAGUCAACACCCUGCCCCCUCACCCCACCACACCCGUGCCUUCCAAAGACCAGCCUUUCACACGCAAGCUCUCCAAGCGCGAGAAGAAGGAGCUCAAGAAGGCAGAGAAAAUGCGAAGAGCCAAUGAAACAAAUGAGAAUGAUUCCUCUGUAGCUGAGAAAUUAUAUACAGAUUUAUGGUGAAUCUCUACGUCCUGAUGUGCCUUACAAGACAUUACUUCUAUCUGUCCGUGACAAUGCUCUUAGUGUUGUUCGGGAGAUGCUCGACAAAUAUGGGCUGUAUAAGGAAGACCCCAAUAACUAUUGUCUCAUACAGAAUGUAGUUGGAGGUGAUGAAGGAUAUGGAGGAGCCACAUCCCCACAGAAGGAAUAUAUCCUUGAUGAUGAUGAAUGUCCUUUGGCCAUUCUGAUGAAUCAUCCCCCAUCUAGAGGGUCCAUCAUGUUCCACGUGCGGCGACGCCCUGCGGAUUACGGGCCGCGAAAGAGGAAGAAGAAGCCCAUCAAGGGCAUGGGCGGCGGGGGCGGCCCCGGUGGCGACGCCCAUGAGCACCAGCGCCCACGCGACCCGCACUUCUUGCCCGACAGGCUGCCCUUCCUCAUCGAGCUCGGACCCGGGCAUCUACUCAUUAUCGCCCAGAACUCAGCCCCACAGAGCGUGCUCACAGGCUGACUGAAAUGCUCACAAAGGUUGCUGCAAUGGUUCAAAAUGUUAUACACUCUCGACACGGAGACCCAACAUCUUUGGCCUUCUGGAUGGCUAAUGCGUCCGAACUGCUUCACUUCUUGAAGCAAGACCGACACAUUUGUGGCUACUCUCUUGAUGCCCAAGACAUUCUUGCAGAAGCUGUGCAAGUUGCAUUCAGGAGUCUGGUAGAUUGCAUGCAAGCAGAAUUAUCAACAUCAUUACCAAUGUUCCUUGAAGACCGAGAUGAUGUGAACGAAGAGGAAGGAUCCACAGCACACGUGUUGUCGAUAUUAUCGAACACAAUGGCCCUGCUGAGGAGGUGUCGCGUAAACGCUGCUCUCACCAUUCAGUUGUUCUCACAGCUCUUUCACUUCAUCAACAUGUGGGUGUUCAACCGCAUUGUGGCCGACCCCCUCCCCAAUUACUGCACCAGAGUAUGGGGCAUACGGCUUAAGCGUCGAUUGGCUCGCAUUGAACUGUGGGCGGAGAAACAAGGCCUCGAGCUGGCUGCAGACUGCCACCUGGCCAGGCUCUCACAGGCUGCAAUGUUGCUACAUGCACAGAAGUCUGCUCCUGAUGACAUAGCUACAAUAUCAUCCACAUGCUUCAAACUCAACUCCCUCCAGCUGCGAGCCUUGCUAGAGAAAUACCAGCCUGCUCCUGAUGAGCCAAGGAUUCCCCAGGACCUCGUUGAUAAUGUUGUUGCUGUGGCCGAGAGCACCGCCGAUGGCUUGGCAAGAGAGGACGGGCGCGAGGUGCGCCUGGAGGAGGAGAUCGACCUGCAGCUGCCGUUCCUGCUUCCCGAGGACGGCUACUCGUGCGACAUCGUGCGCGGUGUGCCGUCGGGGCUGGCCGAGUUCCUGAACCCUCUCCAGCACGCGGGGCUCUGCCGCAUGAAUCCCCAGCCAUCCUCCUCUGGCUACUGGACCAUCUACAUGCACGACCAGGAGAUGAGGCCGCCGCCGGGGCCUCGAAGCCCGAGCGUGAUGAGCAACCGUUCGCUGUCGAUCCCGAGAGGCGAGCCCGAGAUCCACGUGAUUCAGCUUCACAAGUCCAACAACGGCAUGGGCCUCUCCAUCGUUGCUACUAAGGGCGUGAACCAGGACAAGCUCGGGAUCUACAUCAAGAGCGUGGUGCCGGGCGGAGCCGCUGACCAGGACGGAAGGUUGCAGGCCGGCGACCAGUUGCUGUCGGUGGACGGCAAGUCCCUGAUUGGCAUCAGUCAGGAGCGUGCGGCCGAGUAUAUGAUGGAGACGGGACCCGUCGUGACGCUGCAGGUGGCCAGGCAAGGGGCCAUCUAUCACGGCUUGGCCACCAUCCUGUCGCAGCCGUCGCCGCAGGUCAACCGAGCCUCCCAGCGGAAGAUGCGGUCUCGGGCGGAGGAGGUCGGCCGCGCCGCCGCCAUGACUAACAGCCAGUCCGCGCCUAACAUGGGCGGCUACAACGAGCGGCUGGUAGACUGGAAUCAGCCUCCCCGCCACCACCCCCUCCCCCCCACCUCCUCCCACAGCUCCCUGAUGGCCAGGUCGAGCCCCAACCUGGCAGCGGCACCAGAAGGUUACCCAGGUGGUCGUCACUUGAGUGAGCGUGAUCUGCCAUCUAAAGUCCUCCGUGAACAUAACCAGGAACCCCCUGCACCGCCCCUUCUCCAUCAGGCUCCCCGUAUGCAAGCGUCAAAGUCUGUCCCCUCAUUAAAUAGUGAAGCUGGUAGUAGUGUUGGGGGAAAACCAGCAUCACUGGAGGUCUUCAACCCUUCAUACUCUCGCACCUCCUCAAACACUUCUUUGUCACAGCCUCAGAACCCACACUUCCCUCACCAUCCCCACCAACAUCCACAACAACAACCACAACACCAGCAGCAGCAGCAGCAGCACCAGCAACCACCUAUUCGCUCAAGGUCAACUCAAAAUCUCAGUGAUGGAAGUUAUCCAGGCCUUGUGGGUAGGCACCCUAGCAACCCAAGCCUUGUGGUGGAGGAGGAGCGCUACUAUCAGAAUGUGAACUUCCAUCAGGGUCCUCAGGAUCCUCGCAUGGGCUCAACACGUACUCGUCCGAGCCAACCACUGCCCAUGGGAUCCCCUGCUUCCCAGGGCCCUCCUGAACAGAUGCGCCCUGACCACCCACGACAUGAGCCCCGUAGUGAGCGACCUGCUUCAGCCUUCAUGCAGCGUGAAGACAUGGUGCCACAAAGGACAGAAAUGACCAGACCUGCUUCACAGCGUGACAUUCGAGCUGAUGCUAAAAUGAUGGAGAUGACAGAAGAAGUGCGUCGGAGAGAAGAGCGCAUGCGCCUCAAUGGUCACCCACCUGCAUCCCAGCAACAGCGGCCAGGCCCACAGCAGGCUCAUCGUGUGCCAAAUACCUACUCCCCAGGAACUCCCUUUGCCCCAGAAGGCUUUAAUGGGCCUCAGGGUUUUCCAGGCCAGCACCCAGGCUAUCACCCAACCACAUCCCAGCCCAUCAGUCCUCAAGGGACCAUGGCAGGACUCCAGCAGCAGCCCCAGCAUGCUCACCCCCAGUAUGCAGGUCACCCACAGGGCUUCCCAGGUGGCAAGUUCCCCCCACCAACUGCUCCCAAGCCAAAAUCACAAGUACCUCAGGGACCUCUCUCUCCUGAUGCUCCAGAAAAACCCAUGCGGCAGUAUGGGUAUGAGGGUAUCAGUACAGAUGCUCCCCCCAGGCCUCCACCACCAGAGGAUGGAUACCGUGACUCGCCCCCCCCUCCACCCCCUCCAACCUCCACACACCCUCUCUUGCAGACCAGUCGUCCUGCCUCCAAUGUUGGCUACAACAUGAACUCUGGACAAGGAAACAAGUCUGUAUUCAACAAGACCAGCCCAUGGGACAGGGAAGAGAAAGAAAGAAAUGAUCGUCGGCGUCGUGAGGCUGUGCGACACUGGCGAGAUGAACAGAUCUCUUCUCUGGAGGGAAUAGAAAAUCGUACAUCCCAACAGGAAGAAAGACUACGCACCCUGAGGCUUGAAAAGGAGUUUCAGCGCCGUGCAGAAGAAAUGAAUAAUGAUGAUGAUGAUGAUGAGGAUGAGGAUGAGGAUGUGGAGGAUCGAGAGAAUCACAGAGAAAAUGAGGAUGAUGUAAAAUAUAAUCAAGAGAAUAAUGCAACAAGGGAAUACAAUAAGCUCCCAGGAAAUGCUCCUCUCAUCACUAGUGGGCAAGAGCCACGCAUGAAUGGUGGAGGACCUGUGGACGAGGAAAGAGCAAGAAAGGUGGACGAAAUCCGACGGAAACAGCAGGAGCUUGAAGCUGCCAGUGAGGUGGAAGAGCGGCUCCUGCGUGAAGCCCAGAGGCGACAGCAAGAGGAGCAACUGAGACGCUUCCAGUUGCAACAAGAGCAGCCACAACGGCAACACCAGCAGCAACAACAACAACAGCAGCAGCAGCAGCAGCAGCAGCAGCAGCAGCAGCAGCAUUCACAUUACCAGCACCAACAUCACGCCACUCAAAGACUGGAUACUCUGGUUGGAUCUCCAUUCCAGAACCAGUAUAGUAAUGGUCCUGUCAAUGGUUCACGAAAUCUUGGUGGCUACCCUGAACACAACCAGAGUACCGACAGCAGUCAUGGCAUGGAUGCACUAGUACCAGGAGCUCAGCACAGUCCAGUGCCUCCUGAGCGAGGGUCAUCUUAUAGCAUAAUGCAGCAGCAAUCACAACACUCUUCAAACAAUAAUCGACACAAGGGUCCUGAUGGUCCUCCCACUACAAUAAAACGUGUCCAGUUCUCUGAGACAACAUCUAUGGACACCCACAUCACUUAUGAUAACAAUGCAAACCAGGAGAAGACUCCAAGGCAGGAUCCUGAUAAUUUUAUCAAUGAAGCAGAGACUCUUCUCAACUCCUCUCCAAACCGCACUGGUGGAACACCAGGUGUCAUUGGUGCUCAGGAAGUGUACAGGGAUCCUCGUUGGCGCCGCCUGCAAGAAAAGCAAGCGCAGCAAGCAGCAGCCAAGACCCCUGGCCCUGAGAAACUCUCCUUCAAGGAGAAGAUGAAAAUGUUUGCUAUGGAAACUGGCGAGGCUGAAACACCCAAAGACAAAGUUAAAAUCAGCCGUGCUCAGAGAGACAUUGAACACUGAGGAAAAGAAACACAUCAAUGGCUGUUACUUGGUGUACCAGUGAGAGACAGUCUAAGGUCACAGUGGUUCUCAGUUUACAUAAGACAAACGUUCAGCAGGAGAUGCUUAUGAACGUGUGAUUUGACAAAGGAAGGUCUGACUUCGUUUCGUAAUUGCUGUAAUAUUCAGUAAACCGAGACCAGUUGUUAUAUAUAUAUAUUUUAUAUUUCUUUUACUCUAUUUUAUGUAUAGCUGACCAUUUGAUGCAAGUCAAAAGUUAGUAUGUUGUUAUUUUAGAUUGCUGCAAACAUUUUAUUUCAAAUGAGCUAAAGGACAUAAAUGUAUAUUAUUGGCAGCUUGUUGGGGAGGAUAAGACCUUUUGUGUUCCUGUAAUAUAGUAGCUAGCAUUUCAUACCCACAUAUCAGCACGAGUACAAAGUGUACAGAAGUGGAGCAUCUCCCUCCAGCAACUGUCAGGGCAGCUGGCCACCUGCUGAGGUGUUGCCAGUACCCAGGGAACUUCAUCAGUCAUCUCCCCGCCUCAUGUGGACCAAACGGAGGACCCACAUAGUUUACCUAUAUACUAAACCAAGCCUUUAUAGAAAUGCAUUGUUGUUGACCUGCCUUAUAGAUUGGCCAAUGAUUCAUUUACUGUCAUAUCAUUGGACUUAUAGCUUUGUAGGUCAAUUUUCCCUACAAGUUAUUGGCUAUAUCCCCCUGUACAUAUGUAAAGUUUGAGGAUAUGGUAGGUAGGCACCACUGCAUACUCAACCAAAACCUGCACGUUUGCUUCAGUAUUGUGGUUAAAAAUGAGUUUUGGUAAUACAUUUCCUUGGGUUCUCUUUCCAUAUGUUCCACAUAAGAAAAUAGUGUCAUUAAUACCCUAAGUGGGAAUAUUGCAAAGGAAUCUUGUCACAAUUACUAGAUAGAGUUGGUUAUACCUUCACACUUAGUAAAUGUCUGUCAUAUUGGAUGAAGAAUAAUUAUAUAAUGUACAUUUAUCAAUUAUUUUAUGAUUACUAUGGAACAAAGUGUGGUAGGCUGGGGUAUGUGGAUAGAAGAUUAGUUGUGUCUGUGAUAAAGGGUGACCCCAGCCUCGCCUCACUCAUUUUACACAAUACAAUAAACACAGAUA